AUGGGCUUUUACGUUUUGAAGUUUUGGGUUACCGAUGCUACAACAUUCCUACCGAAUGAGUAUGACCUAUCAUAUCUUAAGCAUAUGCGCUCGCUUGUGAUUCUUAUCAUUCAUCUUUUUGAUGAUGAGCCAAAAAAUCGUUUAAAUAUGAUAAUAAAAUUAAAGGUUAAGCAUGAAUUACGCAUUACCCUGCUCGUUGUCAUCAUGCCCUUAAAGUCUAUUCACAAGUAUAAAAGGGCUAAAAUCAAAGCUCUAACAGCAUCACUUUUGGUUUUUGUUCUCCAUGCAAAACAGAGUGUCACCCAAUUGACUGCCUUUUUCAAAAGAAAAUGUGGUCGAUUGAAAAACCAGCUACUGGAUCUUAACACACUCCAGGAGACAAUGUAUUUUUAUUCAACAAAAAAUUUAAAAACGAUGGACUACAUACACCGCAUUUAUGAAAAAUCAUCAAAAAAUGCGUCGCCUGCAGGAUUCGAACCUGCGCGCUCAAAGAGCAAUAGCUUAGCAGGCUAUCUCGUUAACCACUCCGACAAAGCGACUAACUUUGAGAGAAAACACGCAGAGAAAUUUCUAAAUGUCGUUUCCUUAUGGUUAAAACAGGUCCUCCAUGCUGAGUGACAUUGUCAGAAUUAGCAAGUCAGACAUAAUAACGAUCCUUGAGACACCGGUAAUAAUAAAGGCUACCGUGUAAUUAUUAGUCGACCUACUUUUUUUUUUUUUUUUUUUUCGUGUCAACUUGUAUUGUAGUGUGAAAGUUGAGGACAAGUAUCGUCUGAAUCCAGCAUGUACAUAAAAAAGGGUGGGGGGGGGGGACAGGACCGUCAAGUUAG